CCACAAAUGUUCACGCUGGCGACUGAGACUUUUUUCCCCCGUUAGGCAUUGGUUGUUAUUAAUGCCGAUGCUUUGUUACGACUCUUUUCCCCCCUCCCUCUCUCUCUCUCUGUCUCUCUCUCUCUGUUUCCAGCCUUGGCGAUGCUGGCAUAGCUGACAUUUCUCUCUCACACACCAGUCAGAACUGCUCCCAUCUGAAAGCCUGACCUUCUGACUGCAGACGUCGGCAUGGAGCGCGUGCAGCACAUCACCAAGUCGGCCAUCCGCCGCGCGUCCCAAAUCGAGGUGACUCCGCAGGCCAAGAGGAACCUGCAGGAGCUCUUCGUCAACUUCACACUCAUCCUCAUCUGUCUGCUCCUGAUCUACAUCAUCGUCCUGCUGAGCAGCUGAGGCCGCGCCGCGGACCGGGCUUCCUCACACUUCACCGAUCCACUCGAUAUGAGACCGCAUGUCUUCCUACGCCGCUCCCGUCUAACACUGCCGGGCACCCGCUUAGUAACGGAGUGAGCUACGCACCCGCCAGCAGCUAAACGUUGGAAACGAUUGCACAUUUAUGCUUGAAAACAAGCCAAUCGUGUGUCACGUUUACUGCAAAAACAAAGUGUGAAACUCACAGCUUGCACUUCCACAGGUUGGACGGAGCAUCGAACUCCCGUUUCCAUCCUGGGAUCACAAGAUCAGCUUUGUAAGGAAUUGUCCCUCAUGUCAAAUGACUGAAUGUGCGGAUGACGCUGAUCAAUAAACAACCUGUUUGGCAAUCAUGGCUGAAUGUUCCAAAGGAAGUCCUUCAUCUCCGAGGAGCAGAGGCUGCUGGCUGCGGUGGGCAGCGAUCAGUAAACAUGAUUCAACGAGUUACUCAAUCAAAUUGACACAAAUGUGAUCACUUCAAAUUGGGGGCUGUCAAAUGAUUACAUUUUGACAUCACAUUCAAAUGAUUUGAUGGUGAUCGAUCAAUAUGUGCAACCAUGUCUGGCAUAUUGAUUAAAGACAGGACUGCAUGUACAGUAUUACUAUUGCUAUUUGUAUUAGGGUCGCCCCGAUCAGGGUUCUACGCUGCCCAUUCCGAUACCGACCAUCCAUGGAUGAGAUCGGCCGAUACCCAUCACCUGGAUUAACUACAUUUUUCAAAUUAUUUCUGAUGAGUGCUGCUGGUCACGGGCGCCGUUAGACAACUCCAAGGGCCACUGGCAAAAGGUCACUGGG